AUGGGAAUACUAGAAAAGAUUGCUCAAAUUCAGGAAGAGCUUUCACGUACGCAAAAAAACAAGGCUACGGAGUAUCACAUUGGUCUUUUAAAAGGUAAAUUAGCAAGGUAUCGUAGAGAGUUAUUAGAACCACAACCUGGACAAGGUUCAUCUGGAGGUGGGCAAGGAUUCGAAGUUGCCAAGGCCGGGGAUGCUCGUGUUUCAUUAAUUGGUUUCCCCUCAGUGGGUAAAUCCUCGUUUUUAUCAAAAGUCACCAACACGAAAUCGGAAGCAGCAAAUUAUGAAUUCACAACAUUGACAUCGGUAGGUGGUAUAUUGGAAUACAAUGGAGCUGAAGUGCAGAUUGUUGAUUUACCAGGUAUUAUAAAAGCUGCAUCUCAAGGUAAAGGUAGAGGGCGCCAAGUGAUUGCCGUAUCAAGAACCUCAGAUUUGAUUUUGAUGGUCUUGGAUGCCACGAAAAGUGAGGAUCAGAGACAGAUAUUGGAAAAUGAAUUGGAGUCCAUGGGAAUUCGAUUGAACAAAACCAAGCCAAAUGUUACAAUCACCUUGAAAAAGACCGGCGGGGUCAAGAUGAACUCCAUUAUUCCACCAAAAUACCUCGACGAGAAGAUCGUUACUGCAUUGUUGAAGGAUUACAAAAUUUUAAAUGCCCAUGUUUUGAUUAGAGAUGAAAACGUCACAGUUGAUGAUUUCAUUGACGUUAUCAAUGAACAACAUGUCACAUAUAUCAAAUGUCUUUAUGUUUAUAACAAGAUUGAUGCCGUCAGCUUAGAAGAAUGUGAUAGAUUAGCGCGAGAACCAAACACGGUGGUGAUGUCAUGUGAAUUGGAUUUGGGAAUUGAUGAUUUAAAAGAAGAGAUAUGGCGUCAAUUGGAUUUAUUAAGAUUAUAUACUAAGCGAAGAGGUAUUUUACCUAAUCUUGAUGAACCAAUGGUUGUGAGAAAUAAGAGUACAAUUUUAGAAGUUUGUGACUCAAUUCAUCGAGAUAUGAAGAAUCAGUUUAAAUAUGCAUUAGUUUGGGGGUCAAGUGCUAAACAUUCGCCGCAGAAAUGUGGGUUGAAUCAUCCUGUUCAUGAUGAAGAUGUAGUGCAAAUAGUGACCAAAUAG